AUAUCAACCAUAGAGUUAGUCAUAAGGUGCAAACAUAGGUGAGCUUAUCAGAUAAAAUAAGUGGAGUUUUAUCUAUCAUGUAGGUUAGUGCCAGUUUGUGAAAGAUACAUAUAAAGCCAAGGGUAAAAAAUGAACCAUUUGGCCAUAUUGGCCAUACUAGCAAGUUAUGCCACUCUAUCAUGGUCUCAACUAAAUGCAGGAAGUAGUGUUUCUCCAAAGCUGAUAAAGUGUUACAACGACAGUAGAAUUGUAGAAAAAGACAACAGAUUGCCAUCCACUAUAGAAAUACUAAUUGCUCUCAUCAGAAAAAUAGAAGACCAAACAUCUUUCAGGAAUAAUAGAGAAUUGGCUUCGCAAUUAUUAUUCAGUUUUCGUCAAGAUGGUAUCGUGAAAUCUGCUAAAGGAGACGUCCCAUCAAAAUAUGGGAUACCUUACAGUCCAAAAGAAUGGAACGCUUAUAGGAACAGAGUGCUGUUAAAGAGAGUCAUUCCAUAUAUUGGUGAUUUAGAUGAAAAUAUACUGACAGAUAUGGAACAGUGUACCCUCCACUUUCUUUUGUCCAAAGCAGUGGAGUACAAAGUUCGUGGGGACGAACAAACCGUCUGCAACCAGCUGGGCAAAUACAGGAUGAGACAGAGAAGAGGUGUAUCAGCAGCUGAGCAAGUUGAACAAUUCAAUCUGCAGACAGAUGCACAUAGUGCAUGUCCAGUGGAACUUGGAGUGAUACGCACUAAAUGGGGAGAUGUGUUUCCUGGUAGUGUAUUGGCUGGAAUAGCCAGUGGUUUCAACAGCCAACCCAUUCCAGUGAAUGGAUCUACUGGCAAAUUGGAUUCAAAAUAUGCAGCCACCAUUGUUGGUGAUUUAGCAGAAGCAGCUUUGUACCAACUCAGUAGCACUAAAGGUGAAACCGUAAACGUCGGUGCUGAAGGUAACUGGAACAGCACGUUAGAACCAAAAUGGUACUUUGUGAAACGUAACCAGUUUUUACAAGUGACAGAUGCUGAGAUCAGAGGUGGUUUGGAUGGUCUUUACCUAGCCUCAAGCAUCAACGAUAUCAAGAAGGCUUUUCCUGAUGUGAAAAUUUCACAAAUCCUGGAUUUGUAUUAUUCUCCAAGAGGUGUUUUCAAUACCUCGUUGAGAGCUUGCAAUAGGAAGACGCUGGAAACAUAUUUUACCACCUCGGAUAAAUUGAUUGAACAAACCACCCUUUUUGGGACGUUACUGGAUUCUGUAGCCACAUUGGAUAGUUCUGUUGAUCCUUAUCAAUUUAAAGAUUUGGCAACAUUAGCUGUUCAAAGUUUCAAUAAAUACCUACCGGGAAAUUUGAAUGACCCUAUUUGUUCAGAAGAAAAUGACACAAUAACCAGAGUUGUUAGCGAUUUGACCAUUUUCAUCGACUUGGAUUAUGAAUACAAAAAAAUACAUCCUUUGUUAUCGAAUUUUUUGGAGCAUCUGGAUGUGAACAAAUACGAGACCAAAUACAGUAUUGCCGACGCAAAAACUUGCCAGACUCUCAUAAAUUCAUCCUCUACAAUUUUAGAUUUCCACCAAAUGAUCAACGCAUCGAAUACAGAUAACAUACCAAAAGGAACUGAUUUCGGUCUGAUCCUUGAAACCAUCGAAUCCUUAACCGUUGCAAAGCUGAAUAACCAAACGAACAAUGGUGGAUAUUCCUCAAUAUACCUAAUAGUUACAUUGAAGAGCCCUAAUGACAAUCAGAAGACGUUUGCUGCUUCUAAAAUGGAAGAAAUGAAGAAGAAAUACCCAGAUACUAGAAUUCUGAUACUAGGCGUUGGUCAAAAAACUGAUUACAAAGACUACGUCAUCAACACUGAUACAGAUGUUUUUAUAAUGCCCGAAAUAUCGAAUAGAAAUUACAUUGAGGCUGAAGCUGCACUUAGAACAAAAAUCAAAGAGAUGGUUAAACGACUAAAAGAAUUACCAAGAAGUGUAGUAAAUCCAAAAUGUGGAUCGUCCAUGAAUUCUAAUGAUAAAUCCUCCUUCAGCCUUGUGCAAUAUGUAGAACCUUCUGGACAAAAUAUUUACAGGAUAUCUCCAAAUUAUUUCUAUAAUUUCGGUGACAAAGCCAUGCUUAGGAUAAAUGCAGAAGGUGGAUCAAUGACGAUCUGUACAUCACGUGUUUUGUAUCCUUCCAAUCCAUCAAACUCUUCACAGGAUUGCAAAACGAUCAAUAGUGAUGAGUAUUCUCAUGAUAUCAAAGGAUAUUGUGAUGAUAGUUUCGAAGAAUGUGACCCUCUUUACAUUUCAGUAUUUGGAAAGACUUCAUACUACAAAUGCUCAGGUGACAACUGCCGUUUCCCUGACAAUAUAAAAUUCACAAUGACUUUGGACAAUGUUGCUUGUACGAAUAACGCAAUGAGACAUAUCAAUCAGCUGAUCCAUCAACUUGCCUUUGUAUUAACUGCAAUAACCUUCUAUUUGCUAGUAUAGUUUAUUUAUAGAAAUUCUAUCAAUGAAUAAAUAUUACAUCAUUUCUUUCAAAUUUAUUCGAUGGAAUAAAACACGUGAUACAGGUGUACAAAUUGUUCAACUUUGGAAGAAUAGACAAUAUGAUUAUUCAUUUCAAAUUGACCAUAAUUAAUAGAAACGACAUAUUGUUCAUUAUUUUCUUGAUUUCACCAAACAUCUUAUUCUUUGAAUUUAUUAUUUUGUAAGGUCUUUCUACUGCAAUAAAGAACUGUUUAUUAUAUGA